AUGUACGAAACAGAUGACGUAACAAUAACGACAGUAACUUCUAUACUCGUUGUUACGAGUAUCGUGGGAAAUUCUCUUGUUUGUGCUGUCAUAAUAAGACAUCGAGACAUGAGGUACCCAUAAAGAUAACGAGCAGAAAAUAACAAUUUAUUAUAUAAACACCAAUGAAAUACCAGGUGAGCUUUCGCGCGAAAACUUGAUAUUUUCACUACUGAAAAUAACAUGUUAUCUUCACACGUGAAAAUAACACCGCUUCUAUGGCUACAUAAUAAAUCGCGCCUUUCACACCAAAAAACUAUUAAAGUGAAAUGGAUUGGUAUUUCAUUGGUGUUUAUAUAAUAAAUAGAACACUACAUGGCUGCUUGGAGAUACGAAAUUUCUCUUCUCGUGUUGAAAAAAUAUUUCACUCGUUCGCUGCGCUCACUCGUGAAAUAUUUUUCAACACUCGAAGAGAAAUUUCGUAUCUCCGCGCGGCCAUGUAAUAUCCUCUAUAUAUUCGUCAAGCAAAGUUACAUACUGCACAAAGAAUAGUAAGAAGCUUAAUUAUGUUAAUUUCAAUGACAUCCAAUCCAAAUAGCUCUUACAGUCGAGACCGCCAUGACAUCAUUUUUAUUGUCCAAUCUUUAGGAUUCCCGUAAAUUUUCUUCUCGCGAACUUGGCAAUCGCAGAUAUCAUGUACGCCUUAUUUUACAUACCAAAGAUCAUUUGGGGUCAUAUCGCCAGUCACCCUGAAGGUCUGGCUGGGAGAAUUUUGUGUGCCCUGUUAACAGAUGCUGCCUUAGCGUGGGUUGGCGGCGUUUCUUCGGUCUUCACAUUGGUGGCCGUCGCCACGGAACGUUACUAUUCCGUCUUGCAUCCACUUGAAAACAAAGCACAUCUUAGCGUGCGCAAACUUAAGGUAUGAUACCAAAAAUAACCAACUUAGAUACAAGAUAGCAACAAAGAUCUCUCAGUGUCCCGUAUUAUUAUUGUUCACUUCUUUAGUUUUGUCUCAUUUUAUCUAUGGUUUACCCGUAUAUGGAGCGUCUGAACCUGAUCUUAAUAUUAUACAGAACUUUUCAGAUAGAUGUCAUAAGCGCCGUUGUAUUUCUUACCCCGUUUCAAUUAAGGAUCUCUUAAAAAAGCAAGACAGUGACAUUUUUAUGAAAGUAACCUCUACAAAUAACUAGCCGCUCGCUCCAUACUUUCCUUCAAAGAAAGUCUGUUCUUAUAACCUCCGUAAAAAAACAAUGUGCCCGUCCCAAAACUAAUACUGAGUAAUUCAUGUCGGCCUUUGUAAACAGAUUAAUAUCUAAAAACAACCUCAGUGGAGGAUAGUUGGCAUUCAAUGAUUAGUUUCUUUAUUUUAUUAUGUAUUAUUCCGGACAAUUGUAACAUAAUAUAUGUCUCUAUAUCUUACGUGAAAUAAAGACCAUUUUUAUUAAUUAUCAUUGUUAUUAUUAUAUGCUUAAUGUUCCUCCAUCUGUUUAAGAUGGCGAAACUUUUUAACUUUACAUUACAAUGAGUUUGAAGAUGAUGUUUUUACGAAAUUACUUUUUGAUAGAUAAAAAUUCAUUUUUUCCUCAUUUAGAUCUUCAUUUCUGGUUCUUGGAUACUCGCAUUGAUAAUGAACGUCCCUGAAUUCUGGAAAAAGAUCGAGGGCAGUACUUGCAGUUACGCAUGGACCAAGAAGUGGAUGCCCAAAGCUUACACUUUGAUAUGGCGUGUUUUCUUUGGGCUUUCUUUUAUGCUGAUGACUGGAUUAUACUCCAGGGUUAUUUACGCUCUCUGGUUCAAAAAUGCCAGUAAUUCCGAAGUCGUAAAUCGACAAAAGGUAUGAUGUGAUUCGUCUCAUGGGCAAUGCCGUUCUUUUACUAGACCUCUGUCUUUCAAUGAAGUAUAGCUGUUGCUUACUAUUUCUUAUCCUUUCUUGCAUUACAACGUACAAAUUUACAAGUUUCCGAAUAGAGUGUUUUCACAUGACGUCACGGCGGCCAUGUUGGUGUCCCGAACCAAUCCUUUGGGAGUUGAACUCAUUUCUUAUACAACAUUUUCUUUUGUUCCAAUAAAUUUGCAUAGAUGCUGGCCACGUGAGUGAAAACAGUCUAUAGAUAACUACGCACCAACAUCAUCAUAAAAACCGAUUUAUCGAAGAUACCCGCCAUAGGUUGAAAUGCCUUAAGUUUGGCAGACCUUUUUGCUUCAAUUAAAGAACUUGUACAGGUUUUCGUUUAUAAAUGCCACUGCCAUUCUGUCAUCAUUACCCUGGUAGCAGUAGGGCAGUUUUUCUACAAUUUAUGAUGAAAGAAAAACAAGAAACAUAAUUACAUUAUUGAGUUAACAUUUACCGGUUUAUGCCUUACAGACAACUAUCAAGCAACGCUUACUGACUAAAUAUUUUUUUCCCGUAAACACGCCUUCCUUCCUACCAAAAAGCCGGCUAAUAACUUAAAAUGAUGUUUCUGUUUAUGUAGGGUGUGGUGAAAGUGCGGAAGCGAGUCACCUUGAUGGUUGUCGCUGUCAGUGCAAUCUUUGGAAUAUGCUGGGGAGCAGACUCAGUGUUGCACCUCUUGAAGGAUUUUUCGCUCAUCAAGCUCGCUUCCUCUGCAAUUCCCAUUGCUCACACGGCCGUCAUGUUCAAUUCUGCCGUCAACCCGUUUGCAUAUGCUUUGAUAAACCAAAACUUUAGAAAGAAAAUGAGAGGGAUACUAUGCUGUAGACUACUUUCACUGGGAGUCACAGGUACUCAAGGCAAUGAGAUGGCAAACAGAAGUUCCUUUGUAAAGAAUUUCCAUACCGCGAAUAAGCUAGAAACCAGUGAACCUUCAAAUAUCACGAACCAAACAGGCGAAAGCGUAGAGGGAAACGCCAUAGUGUAG